GUUCCCGGGAAGGUAUUUCCUGUGGAAGUUUUGUUGGCUGUUGUUUAAACGUGUCGCUAGGAUAGUUUGAUUUUCAACUGCAGUCGAAAUGCCAUUUACAUUUAGAAGAAAGGAUAACAUGCCAUUUAAACGCAUAGCUCAUGGCUUGGUUCCUGCAGCCACCAUUGCUCCAAGAGCUGCUGUUCCCCGCACACCGCCACCUCGUAGUCCCAAUUCUUCUCCCGAGAGACCAAGGUCAGCACUUGCAGCUGUGAUUUUAACCUCGUGUUUGACCGGUCGUACUGUUGCCAUUCCUCAACCACAUCUGGCGCUGCCCCGUCAAAGGUCCUAUUCUGAAAGUGAUGGCACAUGUUCAGAACAUAGAAGCUUUCUUGAACCUUAUGCCAGUAUAAAUGACCUUGGAUUUAGGAAUGAAUGGCAAAGCCCUGUAAGGGGUAGACCUCCAUUACCAUUGCCUUCCAAUUCUGAUGAAGAAUAUCAUGAUGAAGAAGAGGAAGAAGAAGGUGGUCUGGAUUUGGAACAGCUGUCAAAUAAAUCAGAUCAACCACAUUACUAUGUUCUAGAGAAAGAAGGAGAGCUACAGAAAAAGGAACUGAUAUAUGCUGUUCCGUGCAAAGAGAAACAGGAUGAAAUCCCAAUAUCGAUGAGCAGUGAAAUGACUGAUGUUUCUUCCUAUGAAGCAACAUCCAUCACUCGGAUACAUGAAUCAAAACCUGGACAAGAACAUUCACCAGCACGUGCACCUAAGGUAAGAAAGACGAAGAAAGAAGAACAUUGUCCAUAUUUAUUUUCUGAGAAGGAAGCAAUGGAACAACAAAUAAUUGAAAAGCAACACGUGGUUUCAGAGUUCAGCCUCAUCAUGGGUUCGAAGAGCAGCCUCAGUGUUGAAAAUCCCAGAACAUCAUCUCAAAAUAAGAAAAAAACAAAGAUAAAGAAUGUUUCAGAGGUGACCAAAUCAGAUUUAACAGCUGAGGCUAGCGGAGAGCUUAUGGAUGUCCGAAAGAAGCUGUUUGAAGAGCUGAAAGAAAGAAACCAAAUAUUGGUUUCUGAAAAUCAGGUUAUUGCCCAACAGGCUCACAACCUGAUGCAACAGCUGCAGAAGAUGCAGCUUAAAGUGGAGCAACUGGAAAAAGAAAAUCAAAAGCAACAGGAAACUGGGAAUGGCCAACCAAGUGAAGAUGAAAAACCAGAACUGGUUUCACUCAGGCAACAAGCUCAGGAGUUAGUGGAUGAAAAUGAUGCUUUGAAAAUGACAAUACAUCGCUUAAGUAUAGAGCUAAGCCAUUAUCAAACUAAAUACAGAUCUGUGGAUAAAGAGGGAUCACAUCAUACUGGCCUUCCACCAUCAGGACCACCUCCACCUUGGCUUGUGGAUAUGAAGUAUUUGUCACCCCUUAUGUUGGCCUAUGAAGACCGACUACGGGAAAAGGAUGCUAUGUUGCAAGCACAUGAGAAGGAGAUGAAGAAUUUCAGAGCCCGAGUUGAAGAAGUGGUGAAGGAGAACAAACAGCUUCAUCAGCAAUGUGAGAGAAAUGGUUUUGUGAGCAACACUGAAUGGCAUCAAUUGCAGGAUCAGGCAAAGUUGGUUUUGGAGGAAAACCAAAUCUUAAUGGAACAGCUGGAGGUGCAGCAAGCCAAAGGAAAAGACAGUCACAAUAGACACUUACAGGAAGUGUCAAGAUUGACUAAACAAAUAAUACUGCUGGAAGCAGAGAAACAAAGCCAACAAAAGGAGCUGCAAGAGACUCAUCAGCAGUUAAAUGACCUUUCCUCAAAGUAUGAUCAAGUUAAAGCAAGUCUCCAUGACAAAAUGGGGAUGGAUGAGCAUACCACAGCAUUGAAUGGUCUCAAAAGAAAACUGCAGUUGGAGCAAGAGAAACACCAUGUCGAAGUGGAAGAAUUGAUGGGAAGAAUCGCAUCCCUACAAGCUGAGAAAAAGGGCCUGCUCGUUGAAAGGACAGAAUUAAUUGCUGACAAUAAAACGUUAGAAGCAGAACUACAUAUAGCACAGAAGUCAAAUAGGAUAGCACAGAAGAAGAUUGGUCUUCUAAAACAGCAGAUGGAAGAAGCUAUGGAGAAAGAGGUGGCAGCUCACCAAUAUCUGGCAAACUUGAUUAGUCUUGCUGAAAAAGCAGCUCAUGAGCGUGAUCAGCUUGUACAUGUGACCAAAAGCUUAACAAGUGAGAAGAAUGGAGUUUUAAGCAAAAUACUGGCAGACAAUGCACGUUUGGGCAAGUUGGAGGAGCAAGUAAAGGUAUAUAAAACAAAAGCUGCAGUGAAGCUAGGAGACAUUAACAACCGUAUGAAGGAACAGGAAGAGGAUUUUGCCAGAAGGACUGCUCAGUACCAGCGGGAAAUACGACAUCUCCAGCAGCUACUGAAGGACAAGCAGGAAAGCCUUGAUGGACUGCUUGAACAGAAAAGGCAAGUAGAGUCUGAGCUUGAGACCGUAUGGGAAUCAACUACAAGGGAGAAUCAGCGGAUAAAAGAUCUUUUGCGUAGCACUUUACACGGUACUAAUCCCUGGAAUACAGUCAACUUUGAUCGAUUUGAUAUAGAGGAAAACCCUUGCAGGUAUUUAGGCAGUCAAUCAGACUUAAAAGCAUUAAGCUACUGUGAUAUAAUGGUCUCCUCUGCCAGAAGAGUAGAAGAUAGAAGGGCACAUGAGAAUAACUUGCAGCCAAAUAACAAGAAAAGUUUGCCUGUUCAUUUGCCUGAAAGUGGAGAUUGUGUAAUCACUCAACAAAGAAAGCAAAAGCCCAGGGAAGAAAAUGUCAAGAGCCCAAUGUUUGACUCUGAUUCUGAUCAUCUACAAAUUGGCUCUUCUGAUGAAAGUGACAAAAAUGAGCAUGAUUUCUAUUCUUAAUGUGAUUAUCAUCAACAUUUUCAUAUUUGUUUUCUGUUUUCUUCUUAUCAACUUAGUAUAAUAGAAAUAUUUUGUGUAUUGUGAAAUGUUUUACUGGUUGAUUUAUGUAAAGGUCUUUUUUAAACUUGUCUUUUAAAGACUUUUCACUGUUUGCAUUAUAGCAGUAUCCAUCAUUGAAUACAUUUUGGCACCUCUAGGUUAUCCAGAUAUUAAUUUGGUUUAUUGAAUAUCCACACCUCAUCGGAGACUUAAUUGAACCAAUUUUAUACUCUUAUUUCCUAGUCACAGAAUCAAAAUAAAAUAUACAAUUUAGAUUUUAAAUAAAUGGUAAUCAUUAUAUAAAUUAGUUGUAAUGAAUCCUGUUCAAAUGGUAUUUUGCAAUGACAUUUGUAUAUUGAUUUAAGUUGUAGGCAGUUAAGUGACGUUACAGAGAUUAUAUGACAUCAAGGCUUCAUACCUUUGGACUUGUUGUAUAAUAGUGUUAGAAGUAUUUUGCAUUUUGUGAAGCAAAUUUAUUAUCUUCUCUAUGGGCUAGUGGCAGAUGAGUCUGAUGGGAGCUGUCAGUGAAAUGCAGAAUUCAUCUCCAAACACUUAACAUGACUAAUGCCUUUCGGUACUAAUCAAGCAGGAAAAUGUAUAUUUGUGCAUUUGUGUGAGUUCAUAAUAAAAUUAACAUGUUGGCAUUUGUUACUUUUAUAUAAAUUCUUAACAAUGGACACUGAAUUUGCCAAUAUAUGAAUAUUUUAUGUAAAUGGACCAUCAAAUUGAUGGCAUAUUGGUAAUGGAAAACCAAGAUUAAAAAUCAGAUUAUAAAGUUUAGUAAUUUUGGUCUUUGCAUUUAAAAAAAAAGUCGUGAAAAUCACCAAGCAUUAUUUUGUGGUAAAAUAAUCCUCUAGUUUGCAAAAUAGUUAUGCAAACUUAUACUUUGUUCUGUAUGUUGCAUUAUUUCUAUAAUCCCUUGUAUUUAUACCAUUUUUGGGGUAUUUUUGUGACAAUUGCUUCUAUUUCGGGUUUAUGUUUUAUAUAUGAAUCAAAAUAAACAAUCAAAUUGAUUUCAAAUU